AUGGGUUUUUCAGAUAACGACGAUGAGAAAAUUAAAGGUAUAUUCACUGAUCGGUUUCUACAGACUAUUGCCGAAAGAGUUGCCCAGCUCCUUGCAAGGAAGCAUGAGACAAGGCUGCGAGAGCAGGAACAGACCAUCGUUGAACUCAAACAAGAGAUCAGGGACCUUAGGGACACGCAGGACAGAAUUCUACGGACGGCUGAUGACCAGGAACAGGCAUCUCGAAACCUUAAUGUAAAUGUAUUUGGCCUAACCAUGGAAAACCCUGAGAAUUUACAUAAAAAGGUACAGGACAUUUUUAAACGUAUGAAAGUAAACAUCGAUGAAUCAUGUAUUGUAAAAUGCCAUAGGGCACAACCAAAAGCUAACAAUAAUAAACCGCCUGCAGUUUUAAUUCGUUUUUCCUGCGAAGAGGAUCGGUCGUCAAUCCCUAAAAAUCUAAAAUAUUUGCGUUCUACGGGUGUGUUAAUAAAAGAAGGUUUAACGAAAAAGCGUCUGGACCUCCUUGUGGCCGCUGUAAACAAAUAUACUUAUAAAAAUGCCGCCUGGUGUCGUAAUGGUCCUGUGUUUGUGAAACUUGGUGACGUUAUGCAUCGCAUUAAUAACUCGGGAGACUUGCAAAAACUCGUGAGUUAG